AUGACGUCACCAUUGCAGGUCACUUCAGGGGACGGAACCACCACCUACCUGAGCAUGACUUCCGGCGACUGCACCGCCUCACAGACGCCGACUUCCGCUCAAGCGUCUAACCGCGGCGACACCAUGGUCCUUAUACAGCAUGGUGUAAUAACUACAACAACGACGUCAACUACUACAACAACACCAUCGACAACGUUAGAAACUACCACUCCUACAACGACGCCAACUACGACCACUUCUCCAACAACUAGUGUUAUAACAACAACAACGACGUCAACUACGACCACUACUCCAACAACAACUACAACAACCACACCCACCACGACCACAACCACACCUACUACAACAACUACGACCCCAACUACUACAACAACAACACCAACCACAACAACCACCACACCAACAACAACUACAACUCCAACAACUACAACCACUACUCCAACAACUACAACCACUACUCCAACAACUACAACCACUACACCAACAACUACAACACCCUCCACUACCACUCCGUCGACAACCACUGCGACCACACUCACUGCCACAUCCUACGCGUGGCUGUACGUGUUGAUACCCGGGGUGGGGGCGGUGAUUAUCGUCUCGAUAGCGACGGCGUGCGUGCACGUGACGCUUCGUGCGCGUGAGAAGAAACUCGCGCGACAGAAAAGUGCACUUAAGAUGGUGAUCCACCCACUGGGUGAGGUGUCCCAGGCCCUAGACGUUCCGGCCAGUAUGGAGCGGGGCUACGUGAACACCAAGGAAGACUUGAUGCAGCUACAGAGGUUCAAGACUCAAGAUAAGCGCCUGGCGGGGCUGGGUGAGCAGUCCAUGAACCUCAACUUUCACGGCAUCACCUGGCAGGAGGCUCGGGCGCGGAGACAUAGCGCCGUUUCCAGUAGAGAAGUGAUAGUGGAGGGAGUGGAAGGAAUAUCAGGCAAAGCUAAGGGGUCUGCGAUGGCGACCAGCAUAUCGCAACCUCCGCCGUCCGUGUUUGGGCGCACUGGAUCGGAAAGAACGAUGAAGCACAUCAGAGCCAUUGAUGUCCAGAACAUCAAGAAACGCGCGCGUGAGAAAACGGAAAUGACGAUAAAGAAACUCAAUAAAGAGUCUGUGGACUGGGCGGCUAGUCUCCGCAACGGCGCGUCGACGCAGACCACAACAGUCAAAAGCAGUCCGAAGCUAGAAAGAUCAAUUUCCUUUUCGGGUCACGCGCUGAAAAGGUCAAGGUCGAAUCUCGACCGCAAUCUCUUAGAGAGCAUGAGUCUGGUUUCCCGCUUGCAAUCCAACCUGACGUCAAAACUUCCAAAAUGGCGUACGAGAAGUGAGUCGUCCCGAAACGCGGUUGCCCCAGGACGAUUGGAGAGAAAAGGAAGCAUUGACGAACUGGUGACGUCAAGAAAACCGACCGAGCGCAGAAGACCAGGGAGAAUUCUGAGAAGUGAUGCAGUCAUUCUUUCCUCAAACAAUAUUGGAAAAGACAAAGGCCCUUCACUAAGCACCCUUCCGGACGAAUUCUGCGUUAACCAUUCCACGAUGGACCCUUCCCCUACCGUUGAACCUCUAACGUUGACACUGCUACCGGAAGAAGAUGACGUUUUCGCGACAGGCAGGUCCCUUGUUUCGAGGGAGCGGUCUGCAGUUAUCGAGGAAUGGCUGGAAACUGCGCGGACCGAGGAGCGGUUACCGAUACCGGCUCUGCCAGAAGAGUUCAGUGUGAACCAACAUAGACUUGCGGCAAGCACCCCUAGACCUAAGAUGACGAGAAGUCUGAGUCAAACCUAUUUAAAAGUCCCGGGGACCAGAAGACUUUCUUGGAGAUAGUAUAGUGGACCACUUUAGUUGGCAUAUAAAUAAUUUGGUGCGAAGUGUUAGAUAUUGCAUACUGUAUUUGUGUUGAGGGUGUUCUUGUAAUGUGUAACACAGAUGUUGAUUUUCUAUUAAUAUGCUUGGACGUCUUGACGAUUUUCUACUUAUGCAAUAUGCUGUCAAAGAUAUUUUACUUAUGCGAUAAGCUAUAAAGAUAUUUUAUCAAUGUGUGACGAUGCCAUAGACAUUCUACUUGUGCGAUGUGAUUAAGUGGAGAUUCUAGUAAUGUGGCUUGUUGUCGAGGUUAUACUAUACUAAAUAUUCCAGUCAUGCUGUACGCUCUAAAAAUACUGGUUAUAUAUUUUAUAGAUAUAGCAAAGACGCAUCUUCCUCUCUGGAUAUAGAUAUGGCAAGCGUAGGUG